AUGCACAGUCCUGCUUUUCACAGUCGGCUCCGCCCCACUUUCGUCAGAGCUGUGGUGACCGUUGGGCCACGUGGGUCUUUACAGUGUUGGUUUGUGGACCAGCCAAAGAUGUUUAAGAAUAAUGUUACUGACCAUAAGCUAAAUGUGGAAGCCAUAAUUAAAAACAUUAACACAAUUUCUUUGGAGUUGAAGAAGAUGAAAGAGCUCUCCCAGUUGCUGCUUUGUGACCUUACUCUACAUUUUAGUCAUCCUGUGAAGACAGAUGACUUACAGGAACCAGAAGAGAAAAUCCCCCUCUUUGAAGGGUCUAAACUAUCAGAUGUAUCCUUUGCUUCUAAGAGCUUUCCUAUCUGAUUUCUUUUGGUUUGUUGUGAAUUUGUAACUGUAUUUAUUGUGGAAUUACCAUGUGUCUGGGAGAACUGAGUUUACUAAGAUAUUUAAUAUUAUAAAAAACAAAAUAAAAAUAUGAGUUGUAAAUAAUCAUUUAAUAUUCUUAAAAGCUGUCUUACUGUUUUAAUGUUUCAAAGAAUGGCUAAUUCAUUUCACUAGUGGCAAGAAUAGGAUAU